UAAUUAAUUAAUAAUAAAUAAUUAUAACUAUUUUUUUAAUAUCCGGGUCGAUGUGCGACGCCGCCGCUGUUUGUUGUCAGGCAUCGCGGUGCCUCACGUUAGUUCGUGUAAUAAAAGGAAAAAAAAAGGACGCGUGUUUUAAGGAUGUGGGAAUCGUCGUCGCGAGAUGACGUGCCACGUGACGACCCACGCGGUUGAACGAAUGCCCGUGUGCUGGGGUGAACAAGAAGAAACAGGAGAAGAAGAAGCCGAUUUCGGGGAAAUUCGUCUGCCGUUUCUCGACGUGGAGCAGCUCGGAGCAUGAAACGCUGAGAUGGAGAAGAUGACCUCGGUCGGCACCGUUAGCGGGCGGACCAUGUUCUGCCUCCUGGAUGCUCCGGCCAACGCUAUCAGUGUGUGUCGGGAUGCCACACAGGUGGUGGUGGCUGGGCGCAACAUCUUCAAGAUAUUUGCGCUCGAAGAGGAAGGCUUCGUGGAGCGCCUAAACCUGCGUGUGGGCCGCAAGCCAUCUCUGAACUUCAGCUGCGCUGACGUCAUGUGGCACCAGGCCGACGAGAGCCUUCUGGCGACAGCGGCGACCAACGGCGCGGUGGUGACCUGGAACCUUUUGCGGCCGUGCCGCAACAAGCAGGAGCACCUUUUCGCUGAGCACAAGCGCACCGUCAACAAGGUGUGCUUCCACCCCAGCGAGGCGCACAUGCUGCUCUCGGGCUCCCAGGACGGCUUCAUGAAGUACUUCGACCUGCGCAAGAAGGAGAGCGUCAGCACCUUCUCGGGUCAGUCGGAGAGCGUCCGAGACGUGCAGUUCAGCACGAAGGACUUUUUCACGUUCGCAGCGUCGUUCGAGAACGGAAACGUGCAGCUGUGGGACAUCCGCAGACCUGACCGGUACGAGAGGAUGUUCACCGCGCACACUGGCCCCGUCUUCUGCUGCGACUGGCACCCUGAGGACAGAGGAUGGUUGGCGACGGGCGGGCGCGACAAGAUGGUAAAAGUGUGGGACAUGACGACGAACCGCGCCAAAGAGAUCUACUGCGUGCAGACCAUCGCCUCUGUGGCGCGGGUCAAGUGGCGUCCGGAACGUCGCUGGCACCUGGCAACGUGCUCCAUGAUGGUCGACCACAACAUCUACGUUUGGGACGUACGACGGCCCUACAUCCCAUUCGCCACCUUCGAGGAGCACAAGGACGUCGCCACGGGCAUCGUGUGGCGCAACCAGCAUGACCCCGACGUGCUGCUAUCCGGCUCGAAGGACAGCACGCUGUACCAGCACAUGUUCAACGACGCCACUCGUCCGGAGGUGCGCGCCAACCCAGAGGGCCUCAGCUUCGGGCUGUUCGGGGACCUUGCGUUCGCCGCCAAAGAGAGCCUGAUGGCGGCCGAGGGCGGGCGCAAGCCGUGCCCGGGCGGGGACCGCCGCUACCCGUUCUUUUUUGUCAAGAGACACGACGUGAUGGAGCGCUUUGCGCAGGUUUCCAGCGUGCUCAGCGUUUUCGAGUCCGACCCGGACAGCGGCACCAGGAUGGACUGGUUCAUCGAGACGGCGCGCAGGUACCAGCUGAGCGGGAGACCCUUCGGCGAGCUCUGCGACCACAACGCCAAGGUCGCCAAGGAGCUCAACAGACCUCAGGUGUCCACCACAUGGACCAUGCUACGGAUAAUGUAUUCGGACACGGGCCACCCAACGCCCCCGGCCAAUCACAACAUGAGCAAACUGGGAAACGUGCCCCUCAUGAACAGUUUCAAUUUGAAGGACAUGACCGCAGCUCUAAACGAGAGAAACAAAGAGAAUCGAUCGGACAAUCUGGAGACAAACCUCAACAAUGAUGAGAAUGAGGAGACGGAGGGCAGCGACGGCCAGGCGGAGUAUCUGUUUGGCGAGGCCGAGUUGGACGACGACGACCUGUACAGCAUGGAGCACGACAACCAGGCAGCGGAGGAGGCGGAGUUUUCCCUCCCCCAGGAGGCGUUCCCGCUGCGCCACGAAAUCGUGGAACACGCGACGGCACCCGAGCCGCCGGCCGAAAAAGCCGAGUCCCCGCAGGCGAGCGGCGGCGAGGCCGAGAGCGUGUGCCUGACGCCCAUGGAGUCCUUCAGCCUGAUCUCGGUGUCGCAGCUGCUGUUUCAGCCGCGUCUGCCCCCCGGCUUUUUCAACGCCAUCGUCAAGGACGCGCUGGCCUACUACGCCGAGCAGGGCGACGUGCAGAUGGCCGUCUCGGCCCUCGUCGUGCUCGGGGAACGGAUCCGCAAGGAGGUCGACGAGCUCACGCAGGAGCACUGGUACAUGUCCUACAUCGACUUGCUGCAGAGGUUCGAGCUGUGGAACGUGAGCAACCAGGUGAUCAAGCUGAGCACGUGCAGCGCCAUCACGUGUCUCAACCAGGCGUCCACGACGCUGCAUAUCAACUGCAGCAACUGCAAGCGACCCAUGAGCAACAAGGGCUGGAUCUGUGACCGGUGCCACCAGUGCGCGAGCGUGUGCGCCGUGUGUCACCACGUGGUGAAGGGGCUGUUCGUGUGGUGUCAGGGCUGCAGCCACGGCGGCCAUCUGGAGCACAUGAUGGAGUGGCUCAAGAGCUCCAACCACUGUCCUGCUGGGUGUGGACAUCUCUGUGAAUAUGCCUGACACGCGCACACACACACACCUAUACACAAAAGCACAUUUUAGUGUGUGGGGUCGGUGUGUGUGUGUGAGCGCUUGACAAUAGAUUACAUACUGAAAAUGGAUUUCUGUAGGACGUUCUUCUGAAAAGAAAAAAAAAGGAAGCACUUUUGUUUGAUGUACAGCGGCUGUGAAAAGUCUGGAGACACUUUUUUUUUGGGUUUUUGAGAGACGUGAACGUUCCUUCAGUUUAACUAAAGACACAACAGACGGACAGCGAACGAGUGGAAGAAAGUUCUCGUCUCAGACAGCAGAACUUGGGCUUGGGCUUGUUUUGGAGCUGAGAAGGUUCCGGAAAGCGAAAGGAAUCAACACUUUUUCACCCUCCGUACAAAAGAAAUGUGAAAAUCUGUGAAAAUAUUGUAAAUGUUCAAUUCCGUCAGCGGUACAAAAAAAAUAAAAUCUUGUUAUGAAUCAAUUUUAAUUCUA